UAGAGCUCCGCCCACGUCACGUCCUAUACUAUAUAUGCCAUCGUAUGACGUCACAUGAAAUUGGCGAAUCAGAUCCAACAAAAGUGAUGGUGACUGGCAACACUAUAACCUUCCACAUGUCGCUAGCAUACACAAUAGCUAGCCCCACAGACCUCACUGUUUAUAUACUCCAAAAGCAUGAUUAAUAACAUCAUACAGACUAUAUUGUACAAAUUAGUUUGCUUAUACGUUGUUCUCCAUAACUAUUUUUACUCAGGAAUAAGAGACCUCAUCUGAGGAAUGGAUUCCAUACCGGAUUCUAGAAUCCUGACGCAGUAAUCGGAUUCGUAUCGCCUCUCAGGAUUCUACAGAUUCGAAUCCAGUAUUCGUCUCCCGCCAAGGACCCUCUACUAGAGAAGGACCCGCCACUCCUAUGGGGAGAUUGGUCGUCGCUCUCGCUCGCCGGGACGGUGGCGCCUCUAGCGGCCAGAGGGAAUCGUUGCCGCUUCUGUAAACAAACCCGUGAUGGGUGUUUAUUGUGAAUGGAAACGAUUUUCCAUAUCAUUUUCGUAACAGUAUGGGGAUUAUUGGUUGCUCUGCAAUAAAUUGCUCCAAUAAUUCAAAGUGGAACAGGGAUUUAUCCUUUUCUCGCUUCCCAAAAGACCCUAAUAGGCUAAAACAAUGGGUUCAGGCUUGCAGACGGAAGGAUAUAAUGAAAGUGACUGCAGAGUAUGCCUAUAUCAAUUUUAGACUCUGCAGUCAACAUUUCACGGAUUCCUGCUUUAUGAAUGUGCAGGAGAGAAGGAAAUUGGUGUGGAAUGCAGUUCCCAUUCUGUUUGAUAUUCCAAACCCUCCUCGCAAAUCUCCGAAGAGGAAGCCGCCCAAACUCCGUGAUCCACCUCCUCCAACGAAAAAAAAAAGGUUAUUAAGUAACCCAGAGGAGCCUGAUACAGAUAAACCAGAUGCCGGUAGCCCAUCUCUACCUGGUGCUGAUGGAAACUCAUCAUCUCUACUUGAUGCUGGAAGUUCCUCAACAACUGACCCAGAUACAUCAUCAGAGCCCAAAAUAGCUCAUGUAUCGUCACAAACUGGAAAAUACAUAAGUUGAAUAAUGAUUUUCAAAGCUCUCAAGUUAAGAAGGAAAGUAGGAAAUCUUUGAUUUUAAAACAUAAGUAAUAUUUUAUAAAGAAGUAAUGCCUUUUUUUUUCUUUGGUGCUAAUUGUACCGUACAGGUGUGUGUCUCAGUACUGUACUGUAUUAUCAAUGUACUGUUGCUAAGUUUAUGCCUUUUUUUUCUUUGGUGCUAAUUGUACCGUACAGGUGUGUGUCUCAGUACUGUACUGUAUUAUCAAUGUACUGUUGCUAAGUUUAUGCCUUUUUUUUUUUCUUGGUGCUAAUUGUACCGUACAGGUGUGUCUCUCAGUACUGUACUGUAUUAUCAAUGUACUGUACAACUAUGCAAAGUUUAUACCCUUUUUUUUGAGAUGGUGAUAUCAUUGUACUGUAUACAGUACUAUAUGCUGUCUCUCACUAUAUCAUUAAUGUACUGUACAACUAUGAGAUGCAAAAGUUUUUCCCUUCUUUUAGAAUAAAGAUUAACUAAAGUACGGAUC